AUGACGAAGACGACGACGAUGAUGAUGAUGAUGGUGAUGUCAGCGAGUGUGCCGGGCAUCCCUCUCACUGCGCCGUCAGGACAGAGGCCUCCUAAUCUGUUCCCCGUCUGUGUCUCCUGUCUCCAGGUUUUAGGGUUUGAGGUGGACUCGAUCAACUCGGUCCAGUUCUCCAACCACACAGGUUAUUCCCACUGGAAGGGUCAGGUGUUGACGGCAGACGAGCUCCACGUCCUGUACGAGGGGAUCAAACUGAACAACGUGCACCACUACGACUAUGUUUUAACAGGGUACACCAGAGACACGUCCUUCCUGGAGAUGGUGGUGGACAUUGUUCAGGAGCUGAAGAGAGCCAACCCCAACCUGGUUUAUGUUUGUGACCCGGUCCUCGGCGAUCACGGAUCUAUGUACGUUCCUCAGAAUCUGUAUCCGGUCUAUAAGAACAAGGUGGUUCCUGUCGCCGACAUUAUCACCCCCAACCAGUUUGAGGCAGAGUUAUUGACGGGGAAGAACAUCAGCACAGAGAAAGACGCUGUAGAGGUAAUGGACCUUCUCCACGCUAUGGGCCCAGACACAGUGGUCAUUACCUCCUCUGAUCUCCCCUCCAGACUGGGAGAUCGCUUCCUCGUGUCCCUGGGCAGCCAGCGCCACGUUCGUCCAGACGGCAGCAGGACGACACAGAGAGUUCGAAUAGAAGUUCCCAAAGUGGACGCCGUCUUCGUAGGAACUGGAGAUUUGUUUGCUGCUAUGCUGCUAGCGUGGACACAUCACUAUCCCAACGACCUAAAGACGGCCUGUGAGAAGACGUUUUCAGUGAUGCACCAUGUUAUCCAGAGGACCAUAUCUUACGCUCACGAGCUGGCAGGUCCCGGUCGGAGGCCCAGUCCACCCCAGCUGGAGCUGAGGAUGGUCCAAAGUAAAGCCGACAUAGAAGACCCUGCUAUAGUUACGGAGGCCACAGUCAUAUCCUAACAUUACCGACCCCUAAGACUCAUACUAACCUUCACCCAUAAAUCUCUCAAGUCCUGUAUCUCGGUAAAUCUCUCAUCACUGUAAACCUUGACUGUCAUUGCCGAACUCCGACAUCAUCCAGACUCCUGAAACACCUUAGUAUUGUAACCCCUUUAAGUCCUCAGUGUCCUGAACCCUGAAACAAACCCUCAAACCUGUAACUCCCACAACCUUUUACCCCAAGCCCGGUUUGGAACCAGAGCCGUGGAUAGACGGGACGUUUGGUCAGGACGCGUGAGUCGAGUUUUUAGUCGUAUUUCUCGCUCUCAAUGUUGCUUUGAUGCAAACUCCACAAGCACAAUGUUUAACAUGCCACAUAUAAGGAUUACAAAUUUUAAAAACUCAAAUACAAUAUGAGAGUUCAGUCAUCAGCACUGUAGAGAAAUUCAUUGUGGAGCUGCAAAAAUAAUGUCAUAUUUGUUAUAGCAAACAUGGAAUAGGUCGCAGGUCAGCCAAGAAAAACCUUCGUUCUCUGUAACUAAAUCAGCCACAGAGCACUGAGUGACCACCUGCAGCCUUAUCGGCUUGAAUGGACUGUAAGUCAGCAUAAAAAGCUGGUAUUUGCAGCAUAAUGAAUCAUUUGAACCAGUUAUUUUCUACUAAAAUAAUGAGAACAAACUGGGAGCACAGCAGCUGCAGGUGUUCAUAAGAUUUCUGGAAAUAUACCAACAGGUGAUGCAGCACAAGAACGAGUUCGCUGCUGUUUUUAGACGAUCCAGAUGUGUGUACAUAACGACAACCAACGGACUCAUCAGCCUUUAGACUGAAAUAAACUGAGUAAAUUGGGAUUUUACAUUUGGAAAUAUCCACUUAUUAUCGUAAGUUCUGACAAAACAAGGGGAUCUCCUGGAUAACUUGGACGAAAAAUCUGCCCUCUUUGUUUUUUUUCUUUGUUUGUAACCACUGCAGACAGAUGCUUUAGGGCAAUAUACCUGCCAAAGCCACGUGGUUCACAAAUUAUGUCUUAAUGCGAAGACGCAGCUCGACUCCACAGCGACAUCUUCUCAGCUGUGAUUCGUACUCGGCUACAUGUGCUGCAGAAAAUGCUGGGAGUCUUUUAAACAAUUCUUAAUUUGAUUUUUUUUGUUGUCUUAGAAUAGAAUUUUAUUGCCAUUUGCCUGCCAGGGUACAUUACAGUGCCGGGACAUUAAAGGUAAAGAAUGAAAGUUAGAGGAGCAGUGAAAGAGAAGCUAAAUACAAAUGUACAUUAUACGAA